UGAGGCAGUGAGAAUGGAGCACAUCUCAUAUGAAGUGUAAUCAGGUGUGAAUUAUUGAUUUGUUCCUGGUAUCUGACUACUGCUGGUAAAAGUUUCUGUUCAUAGAAUAUACCAUAAGUAAUAUAUUUUUUUCCAGUUUUCUUUUUUUUUUUUUUGGUGCCCCAAGAUUUUGGAAUGCAAUGCUAUGACGAAAAAGGCCUGACUGCAUCCUGCAGGAGGAAGUGGGUGGAGUCUACUGUCUACUGUCCCCAGCACUGCAGCCCACGCCACCAGAGAACCUGUCAUUGGAGGAGGUGGCCUCUGAACAACCAUUACUAGGGUGUGGUGUUUAGAGGCUCAGAAACCUGACUUUUAUUUGAUGGAUGAAGCAUGAGGCCCAGCUUAGAUGUGACUAUGAACUGCUACGAUACAAUACCAACUACAAUGAAAUGGCCUAUGAGGUGGACGGCAAGAUUUUGUUCCUGGAGAAGAUUGAGGUUGUGGAUAGAGAGAUAAGAAAACUGAGACCGACUGGAUGUUCAAAAAUGUUUUGAAAGGGGCCUUUGACGCUCUUUUCAUGCUUAUCUGGACUGAAAGCUGGCACAGAGGUGUGCAUCUGGGACCUCAGAAAACUCUUGGAACAAUCCAAACUGAAUCAGGUUCUCAGUACGAUAUCCCCAGAUCAGGAGUCAAGCUGGACACCAUCAAGAAAUUCAAGAACAAGCCUACAGAAACACAAAUGCUAUCUGUUUGCUUCACAAAUUAGUGCAAAAAGAGAAUGUGCUGUCCACACUCAUUGUGAAAACACUCAUUGUGAGAACGAGUGUGGGUACACAUGUAACCAAAUGAGCUAACUACACAGUGCGUCUACAAAUCUUUAAAACUGGCUGGCAGGAAAUCCUUUCCUUUUUUAAAAUUCUCUAACAGCCAAAGAAGUAAUAAGAUAUAGGGGCAGUUUUGCAGACACCGAUUAAGCCUAGUGCUAGAUUAAAUUCUGGUUUGAAUUCUAUAUACACUCAGUGAGCACAUUAAUAGGUAUUAAUUAGACUUAUUUAUUAUUUAUUUAUUAUCUCCUCUGACCUCUCAUUAACAAUGCGUUUCUGUUUCUGGAUGGGGGUUUUUUCACACCAUUCUCUGCAAACUAUAAAGACUUGUGUGUGAAAAUCCCAGGAGAUCAGCAGGUUCUUAGAUACUCAAACCUCCCUGUCUCGGCGACAUGGCUCAGGCAGUAAGAGCAGUCGUCUGGCAGUCGGAGGGUUGCCGGUUCGAUCCCCCUGCCCUGGCUGUGUCACAGUGUCCCUGAGCAAGACACCUAACCCCCAAGUGCUCCUGACGAGCUGGCACAUGGCAGUCAAUCGCCGGUGGUGUGUGAGUGUGUGUAUGAAUGGGUGAAUGAGAAGCAUCAAUUGUACAGCGCUUUGGAUAAAGGCGCUAUAUAAAUGCCAACCAUUUACCAUUUACAACAUUCAUUCCACGGUCAAAGUCACUUAGAUCAUAUUUCUCCCCCAUUCUGACAUUUGGUCUGAAAAACAGCUGAACCUAUAGACCAUAACUGCGUGGUCUUAUGCAUUAAGUUGUUUAAUGCAAAUAUUUAAUCAGCCAAUCAUGUGGCAGCAACUAAAUGCAUAAAAUCAUGCAGACCUGGGCAAGAGGUUCAGCUGUUUUUCAAACGAAUCGGAAUGGUGAAGAAAUGUGAUCGAAGUGACAGAAAUUGUACCAUUUACUUACAGAAAUGACCAUGAUAUCAGUAAUUGUCACCGUCAUAUGCAUCUAAACAAAUAUUUUGAAGAACAUUGAUCCACUGGCUUCGACCUGUUCAUGGUUGCCAGGCCAGCGUUUGUCGAAGAGAGUUUUCCUGGUUUGCCAGUAAUAGCACAGACCGUAACGUUGUCUUGACAAGCUAACGAUUACAAGAAAAUUGUUUCCUAACGCCAACAUGUACGCGAAUAGCAUGCACAAAGCAGGUGUUUUUCGGCAACAUUGUUCUGUGCCACCUGUGUCUCUGAAUAAAAAGUUGACAUGUCCUCUUCCGCAUUAUGUGUGGACGCACAUGUAGUGUUACGGGCAGGCAGGAAGAACUUUAUCUGCACCAUUGGGGAACUCCACCCAUGACUCAGUAGAAACAUGACAUUGGGGAGCGAAAGCGCAUUUUAAGUUUGAUUAUGAUUGUUUAUCUCCGUGGUAUUACCCUACAUUUGCGUCGUUGAAGUGGCUACGGUGCAUUAAUUAAGGGUUGCAGAUAAAGUUGCAGCUGUUUUUCCCCUGCAUUGCAGACAGAAUGCGAGACAGGCUGAGUGAUCUGCGGGCCGUGGCCCAGGCCUCCACUGGAGAGAAUGCAGACUCUGCAGGCCAUGGGGAGGAAGAUGGCAAACUUGAGCAGGAGGCCGUGGUUUUCCAGGGCGAGGGAAUCAUGGACGACGUGUUCCGGGAGGCGCAAGCUAUACGGAAAGAGAUCGCCCUACUAAAGAUAGAUAUUAAACGGCUGGGCAAGCAGAACACACGCUUCAUCACCUCUGUACGCCGCAUCAGCAGCAUAAAGCGUAACUUCAAUUCCAUUGCCCGCGACAUCAAGACCAGGGGGGAGGGCAUCCACAAGAGGCUACAGAAGUUGGGGGCCCUGAGGAAGGAAUUGGAAGAAGACAACGGCCCCAGCACAGCCCUGGUACGCAUGGUCCGUUCCCAGUUCGUGUCACUUACCUGUGCCUUCCACGACACGAUGAGUGACUACAACCGGGCCGAGGAGGUCCAGCGUGAGAACUGCAAGAACCGCAUCCAGAGACAAGUGGGCAUCAUGGGCCGAGAGGUAACAGGUGAGCAAAUUGAAGAAAUGAUUGAGACGGGCAAGUGGAACGUCUUCUCAGAGAACCUGCUCACUGAUGGGAGGACGGCACGCUCCGCACUUACCGAGAUCGAGAACCGCCACAAAGAGAUCCUGGAGCUGGAGAGCCGAAUCAGGGACAUCCACGACCUGUUCCUGCAGCUGGCCCUACUGGUGGAGGAGCAGGGCUCCAUGCUGGAGAACAUCGAGGCCAACGUCUGCUCCACCCAAGACUAUGUGAUGGAGGCCACAUCGCAGAUUAAGCAGGCUGUAAAAUACAAGAAGAAUAAUCCCUGUAAAAAGAUGUUCUGCUGCUGUUUCCCCUGCUGCAAGUAGCAAAAAGCAUUAUCAGACAUACUUUUCAUUUUUAGUCAUGCUCCUUUACUGUGCAUCUAAAAUGUUAUAUAUAAUGAUUUCAAAAGGUUCAUUGUUUUGGCCACCUGUUGCAGGACAUACUUUAUUUAGCAGAUGCUUUUAUCCAAAGCAACGUAUAAAACUGUGCUUAUCAAGGCCAUACAACAAACAACCAAACACACCAGAUAAAGUACAAUUCAUAUAAGACUGGUUGUUAGACUAUGAACACAGAAAUUAUAGGACCUAGAAAUACAAAUUCAGAAGUCCUAGGUUAAGGUUAAAAAUACAAGCGAUAUCGGGGUAAAGUUAUUCAGGUGGAAAAACAAGUCACAAUAGGUCAGGGGACUCCUGCAGAGGAGUCAAGGUACAGUGUGAAGAGAGGAGUCUUCAAACAGUGGUGGAAAAUCGGCAGCGAGUGAGCAGUUCUUAGGGGAUGGGGAGGUCAUUACACCACUGAGGAGCUAGAGUGGAGAAGCUCCGCAGUCAGGACAAGAGAGAGCCAUUCACACGGCUGGCAGGAUGAGCAAGCCAACCUGAGGCAGCAGAGCAGAGUGGUCGAGCUGGUGUGUAUGGCUGAAUUAUGUCCUGUAGGUAGGGAGGGGCUGUCUUGUUGACUGUAGUAUAGGCCAGAGUCAGAACUUUAAAUCUGAUCCUACAGCAUGUGGGAGCCAAUGGAGUGACUAUAGCAGGGGUAUGACGUGUGAGAAUUUUGGAAGGUGAGUUGGGCCGCAGCGUUCUGGAUGAGCUGUAGCAGCUGGAUGGCGUAGGCUGGCAGACUUGCAAGCAGUGAGUUGCAGUAAUCUAGUUGGGAGAUUACCAUAGCCUGGACGAGAAGCUGUGUGGAGUAUGUGGUCAACUGUGAUUGAAUCCUCCUGAUGUUGUAUAGAAGGAACCUGAAGGACUGUAGUGUUAUAUUAUCAAGGCAGGCAGAUAUUUUCUCAUUGACCUAUGUGGCAGAGGGAGAGAAAGAGAGGAAAGGUUUAGUAUCAUCAGCAUAACAGUGAUGCGAAAGGCCACUCCCAGGUCAGUGCAGCAGUGGGUGGGCUUUGGAGAGUAAGUGGCAUCACCGGAUGAGUGAAGGAGUUCCAGGUACCAGCCGCCCUCCCUUCAUAGUGAGCCAGGAAGUCAUCUGCAGAGAGGGGACAGGGGGAGGGAGAGUAGGUGGAGAAGAGCUUAUGGGGAAAACCCUGCUGAUUUUUUAGAGGCAAUAGAAAACCUUUCCAUCAGUGAUUUUUUGUUUUGUUUUUACAGUAGAUAAAUGUAGUCACAUGGCUUCAUUUGGAGAUAGGAUGGAGGGAAAAUGUCUUAUGACUUGGUGUCAAAUGUGCUUCUAUGUAAAUAUGCUUGAAGCAAUGUGCUAUAUCAUUCACCUUUUAAUAUUGGCAGUAAUGUUUAGCUGGUAUAGUCAUUUCAUGCUUUAUGUACUGUGGAAGUACUUGACCUGUUGUACCUGUUGUUUUGAAACUGUCAUGGUACAUGUUGUGGGGCUAUGUUUCUGCCCUAAGUACACUUGUUACUGUUUUUUUGUUCAUUGUUUGACCAACAGAUACAACAAUGACCUUUGGAGUUGUAAUUUCAUAAUUUAAUAAGGAAUAUUCUGGGAGGAUAGUGUUGUGACAUUGUUUAGACAUUAAAGUCCAACUUGAAA